AUGGCUUCGAAAAUAACAGCAUCAAUCUCUAUCCCUAGAACUAUGCGUGCUUGGGUACAUCACCGGACUGGUUCGCCUUCCAAAGUCCUGUCAUUAAAGGAAGACAUUUCUAUACCCACACUUCCAACCGAUACAUCCGUCCUAGUACGAGUCUCCCAUGUUGCAUUCCACCCUGGGAUCAUCAUCCUGAUGCAUUUUGUCCCCUCAUGGCUGCGUCGAAUGCCCGCCGUACCCGAAACAGACUUCUCCGGCGUCAUUGUCAGCUGUGGGAAAAAUGUUCCUGUUUCCAAUGGACCUCGAGACUUUAAACCAGGGACACCGGUUUUCGGCUCUUUACCUGUGAAGCCGCAUCUUGGUACUGGCCAGGGUGCCUUGGGCGAAUAUAUCGCCAUCGAAGCGGCCGCUAUUGCCAGAAAGCCUACCAAUGUAUCAUUCGCAGAAGCCUCAGGCUUAGGAGUUUCCGCACACACGGCUUUAGUCCUGGUUGAAGCAGCAGAGGUGUCCAAGGACGCCAAAAUUCUCAUCAACUCCCCCUGCGGCGGUGUCGGGCAUUUUGCAACUCAGCUACUCCGUCACCGCAACCCUACGGCGCGAAUCACAGGAAUCUGCUCCGGUCAUAACCAUGCACUUGCCCUUCAGCUUGGUUGUACCGACACCAUCGACCACACCUCUUUCCCCAACGCCGAGGGCCAAACAUUAGUCCAAUAUCUCGCUGCAAAGCACGGUAGCGACGAAGAGAAGUUUGACAUUAUAUUCGACGCCUACGGAAGUCAGGAUCUCUGGAUAUGCUCUGCUAAAUACCUCAAGCCAGGCAAAGAUCAUCCUUAUGUCACAGUCGGUCCCAAGAUGGGUGUCUCCAUCACGGAAGUUCCUGGGUUUCUCUGGAAGAUGAUCAUGAACUCAACAUUGCCAACCUGGCUAGGGGGAGUGCCUAGACCGUAUAAGCAGAUAUCUGCAUUCACCAGUACGGAGGCCAUCGAGAGAUGCAAGGAGUUGGCCCAAGCAGGUGAGUUCAACACACAUUUCGGUGAGAUAUGGGAUAUGGGUGAGGCGCCGGGUGCUUAUGAAGUGAUGGGCAGUGGCCAUGCGCGUGGGAAAGUGGUGGUUAAAAUCUGGGAGCCAGAAGAAGAAUGA